AUGCUACGUUGCGACCCGAUGAUAUUAGACGUAUUAAAUAGGGGAUGUUAUUUAGCUACGGAUACGCUGAACUCAAUUGAUUCGCCUCUCGAAGAGUUAGCGGAUGAUGAUACUACAAGACGGGAAAGAAGUUCCACUAUUACAGAUGAAGCUUUCCAUCUUCAGCUGAUAGAUAGUGUUCACAGAAAUCCUUGUUUAUACAAUCCCGAUGAUGAAUAUCAUGGUAGUAAACACCAAAGCGCUGAAUUCCGUAGUGAGAUUUGGAAAAAGAUAGCUAAAGAUAUUAGAUGGACAGACGACAUUCAAGGGCUUCAGCUUGUUUGGAAACGUUUACGAGACAAAUUUGUUCGAAAGUUGAGAAAAAACAGUAGCUUACUUAACGACGAUCGACAUGAUAAUGAUCCAGUGUUCGAUGCGAUGCGAUGGCUUGUUCCUUUCAUUUCUAGUCAUUCUCCUCCUACCACUCAAGCUCAGCCCCGAGAUUUUUACGAACCUCACGGUUUAGGGCAUGAUGUAAUGAUUAGCGGAUACCAGUCUCAGUCCACUCCCUCGAGUAAUCGUUUAUCUAACCAAGGCGGCUCUGUAGAAGCUAUCAGAACGACUAGCGGAUCAACAUCUGGAUAUUAUCUUGUAAGGAAUCCAAGUGGAUCUGGGGGCCAAGCUUUCAGAGUGGUAAAUUCAGGAAAUGAUAUGCCCAGCGGUCGUGUAACAGUUUUACCUGCUACAAGGUCAGGCAAUGGAGGUGGAGGUGUUCUUCAAAUACAAACGCCCAGCUCUGUACAAUCGAAUAGCAGAACUACUUCACGCGUACAUAUUUCGGGUCCUUCAAGCUUCGAGCGAGGUAGUCCUGGUGAUGUGAACGAUUCUCCUAAUUUGAAGAAAGAGAGUAGCUUGUCAAUGGUUCUUGAUCCAAACCCGCAUUACUACAAUGGUACGCAGAAGAUGUACCGAUUAGUCAGUGCCACUGAUAAUGACAAACUCAAUGAAUGGAAGCCGGAAAUCACAAGCAUGCAAGGUUUACCCAGGAAGCGCAUGUUACUUUCCAGAGGCCAAGGAUCUCAGUCACAAAUGGGAGAAGAAGUGAUAAUUGAUGACGGUAUCCAAGAACGUACUGUUGUGAUUGAUCAGGAUGAUUCCGAUUCACCUUUACUCAGCGAAUCUCCUUUGGCUUCAAUGAUGAUAAGUGGACACCAGGUUGUAAGUAAUAGGCAUCAGAAUUUGUCUCAAAGAGUUAUUUCUUCUCAUCUGAUGCAACACCCAAUGAAUGAAUCCGGCUUGUCAUCAUCUCCUACUUCCCACCCAGGGUAUCUUCAGCAGAGUCAAUAUGAUGCAGAUUUAGCAUUCCAACAGCUUAUAAGUUCGAGUCUCGCUCGAUAUGACGACGACAUGAAAGCGUUGAUGAAGUUUAAUAUACAAAGGAUACUGCUAGAAGCGAGAUACGGUCCAGGAUUUUGCCAGCGUUUAAUACAAGAAGAAGAAUUAACAGAGACUGGGGCAAGCAGCGUGGUGGCCCACGAAAUGGUGACUAAGUAA